AUGGAAACCGCUGUUUCUGACUCGGAACGUCUCUCAGCCUUCUAUGUAAAUGCAGCGUAUGAUUGUUAUGGAACUCUCAGCAACGCUCUGUGCGUCUACAAGAAUGGAGAUGCCUGGCCUGUACGCGUUGGCCCAGAGGCCCAGAGAAUCAUUAGGGAAGCCCGUGGUGUUCAUGGUCAUCCCAUGCAACCUAGCUGGCGUGAGCUCGGUCAGCGCAUUUUUGCAUUGCUCGAUCAAUACAAAAGGUCUGGCUCGCAAAACCAAGAGCCACCCCGGGAGCGCAUCGUCGCCCUCGGUAGUUUCGCCUACACCGCCGCGCUCAAGGAUAUGAUGGAUACCGUUGACAAACUUGAGCGUUCUAUCAAGCAGUGGGAAAUCGUGCUGCGUAAGAUAGGCGAUCCCAAAGAAGGCGAGCCAAAGGCGACGACACUAAAAAGAAACGAACUUGCAGCCUACAAGUUCUACACCGAGACCGUCCAGCGGUGGACCAUCCCAGACGAGCGUAUCAUUGGCGAGGUCGUCCACGUUGACCCAAUUGCAGUCAACGUGACGCCCAUUCCAGAUCGGCGUAUCAUUCGCGAGGUCGCCCAGGAUGAUCCAAUCUCGGUCAAUGAGCCGUCCCCCAGAUUCACCCGUGAUUGGGCACUGAUUGAACUACGAGUCAAAGCUUGA